AUGAGUGAAGUUUUUGCUGAGCAUAUUGCUGACUCUCUAUUGGAUUGUUCCAUACAUUCAGAAGAUUCUGAUGAGAUAAUCGAGGAUAGCGAUAGUGAUGUGGGUCCAAGAAGACGAUCAAGAGCUGUUCCACUACAGGAUUCAAGCGAUCCCGAUGAUUCCGAUAAUUCCACUGAUUGUGAAAUGCCCCCAGAAUCGCAUAAUUACAGAGGAGUAUGGUCAGAUGUUGAUGAAAUUCCCAACAUACCAGAUUUUACUGGUGAGCCUGGCCAAAAGAUUUUUCCGACUGAUAAGAAAAGCAUCAAAGAAGUCGUCGAAUUAUUUAUUGGCAAUGAUUUGUUUGAAUUAAUGAUCAAUGAAUCAAAUAUCUAUUACCUGCAAAAUAAGGACAAUGUGAGUGAGACGAGUAAAAUGUCAAAGUGGCGUGAUAUCACUCUAGCGGAGAUGAAAAAAUGUCUGGGUCUAAUUAUAAUGAUGGGACAGGUAAAGAAGGAUAUAAAAGAUGAGUACUGA